AUGGAUUUAUUAAGAACCGUUGGAAACCGUGUGCAGGCUGCUCGACACGGCGAUGGCCAACAAGUACUCACGGCAGCUUCGGGCUCUACGCUGAACUUCGCGCUUGAGAAUCGGACCACAUCAAAUAAUGUCUUCGCCUAUGUUACGGGCCUGGCAAUCGACAACAACAAUGCGCGGUUCCUUCUCCGCGCGGAUGGUAGAACGCCUUACUUUCCGUCUUCACCGGCAAGAGUAGGCAGCCAGCUCAGCGAGGACUGCGCGAUACGACUUGGCGCUCCAGGCUCAACUACAACUGUGACCAUUCCUCACUUGGCAGGGGGGCGGAUCUACUUCUCGAUCGACUCGCCCUUGACUUUCUUGCUGAACCCCGGUCCAGCUCUAGUUGAGCCCUCAAUCUCGAAUCCAUCCGAUCCCAAUAUCGGCAUCAGGUGGGAUUUCGCCGAGUUCACCUGGAACGCCUCCCAACUGUUUGCGAACAUUACCUAUGUAGAUUUUGUCUGUCUUCCUAUAGCGCUUACACUAGAGAGCGAGUCCGGUAACACCCAGCAUAUUUCCGGCACCGCACCCGAUGGCCUCGACCGGGUGUGCAACGGCCUCCGUGAGCAGCAAGCCAGAGACGGGCGACGCUGGAGCAACCUCAUCGUAACCCGCAACGGUCGAAACCUGCGAGCACUAAGCCCAAAUAACGGCAUCACGAUGGACGGAACUCUCUUCCAAGGCUAUUACCAACCCUAUGUCAACGAGGUCUGGGCCCAGUAUUCGAGAAGAGAGCUCGCGGUCAAUACGCAGGCACAGUGGGGCAUACUCCGCGGCCGAGUUGCCAACGGCCAGCUUCGUAUCGCCAACGAGAGCUUCAGCCAGCCGUCAACCGCCGAUAUCUUUUCGUGCAGUACCGGUCCGUUCGCUGCCACAAACCCGCCUGAAAGAGGAGCGCUCGUUGCUAGGCUUGCCGCGGCAUUCAACAGAUCUACGUUGCUGAAUUCUGAUAUCAUUCCAGCGCCUCCGAAUGUGGGUCGCGCGUACCAGUAUCCGAUUACGAAUCACUACGCUAGAAUUGUGCACUCGGUGAAUUUGGAUGGAAGAGGCUACGCAUUCCCGUACGACGAUGUCGCGCCCGACGAUGGAAGGGAUCAGAGUGGCGCUGUGUUUGAUAGCAGACCAAGAUUGCUGAGGGUUGCUGUCGGCGGUCAGGGAGCGUAUGCCUGA